UCUUCUUUUAUCCUUCGCACCCUCCGGCCGAGGCUGCCGCCGCCGCCAUCGUGAGCAUUGGAGCUCAACUAUCUCUCUAUCAGUUCUCUGACUAGCGAAAGAAAAAAGAAAUUGAAACUAAAAUUUGUCUACAUAGCUGCCGAGGACCGAGAGCUUCGUCUAGAAGAAGCAAUGCCGGCUUCCGAUUCAAGUUCUUGAUGAGACUUGCGAUAUCAAGGUGUAUACGAGGCAGUAGCAUUAAUAACAUCCUUACCUUCCACAUUGGCAACAACGCCACGACAGUCCUCUAUUACCGCCGUCGGAUUUCGCUCUUUCACCGGUCCAAUCUACACCAAGAGAAAACUCAUCAUCGGGAUCGGGAACGAGCUGAAGCUUUCUACUACUUCUCGUCGGCGAGGGAAACCCGAGAUUGGACCGAUACCCUAGAGUCCCAGAAGGAGGAGGAGAAUAAAUAUGUCGUAUCAGGGUUUCGGCAAGGCUUCAGGACCAAGCGCACCGCCGAAACUGCAACAUUCUUUCGGAAAUUCAGCAAUUCCUGAUUCAGUUUCUCCUCUACGCGCUUCUAGUCAACAUGAGGCAUUCGGCAGUAGAGUUCAAUCACAUUCUAUGGCUUUUCAAACCCCUGGUACUGCUUCAAGUCUUCAUCAUCAAUACUAUAGGCCUGUUUCAUCUUCCCCUAUAUUUGAGGAACAGCCAAAGGUGCGAGGAAUGCUUCCAAACUCACAAGCUUAUCAAGACCAAGCCCUUUCAGAAAGAUCUCAUGAUCAUGAUACAAAUAUUCAAGCACCAAAAAGAACCGAAUCUCCUGAGAAACCAUUUGUGAGUAAUCUUCGGUCUGCACAGACUAAUUUGUUAAGGCCUUCUACCUCUCCUCCUAGACCAUUUUCUUGGUCAAAUACUCAAGAAGCUGCGGGCUCCAUGAGGAAUAUUAAUACUGAAUCCGUAGUUACUGAGCCCACUGGUGUCCUGGUUUCCAAAAGAACAAAAUCGCCUACUUUAUCAUCAUCAGAUCAAGUCUCUGGUGGCAAUUCUGAUCCUACUCCUGAUGACACUGAACGAGAAAGGUUAGCCAAGGCAAAGAGACUUGCGCGCUUUAAGGUGGAAUUAGUUGAAGUUGCACAUAGCAAAUUGGGUAGUGUGGAUGCAAGGGAUAAUUCAAAUAGAAAUGAACAUUCAACAACAGAAAGGGACAAAUGCAUGUCAAAUCAAUCUUUGGAGUCAUCAACAAAUUUGGCUCAAGGGAAUUCUAUGCCUGAUUAUGAAGCUUUGGAAUCUUCAAGCAUAAUAAUUGGACUCUGCCCAGAUAUGUGUCCAGAGUCAGAGAGGGCUGAGCGAGAAAGGAAAGGUGAUCUCGACCAUUAUGAGAGGUUGGAUGGGGAUAGAAACCAAACUAGCAAAUUGCUUGCAGUUAAGAAGUAUACCAGAACAGCUGAGCGGGAAGCUAAUCUUAUAAGGCCUAUGCCAGUUUUGCUGAAAACAAUCAAAUAUUUGCUUGAGUUGUUAAGUCAACCUUAUGGUGAAAAGUUUUUAGGCAUAUAUAACUUUUUAUGGGAUAGGAUGCGAGCAAUUCGCAUGGAUCUGAGAAUGCAACAUCUUUUUAAUGAAAAUGCCAUUACGAUGCUGGAACAAAUGAUUCGUCUUCACAUAAUUGCAAUGCACGAGUUAUGCGAAUUCUCAAAAGGAGAAGGAUUUGCUGAGGGAUUUGAUGCUCACCUUAACAUUGAACAAAUGAACAAAACAUCAGUAGAAUUGUUUCAAAUGUAUGAUGAUCACAGAAAGAGAGGCAUUAUUGUGCCCUCUGAAAAAGAAUUUCGAGGUUAUUAUGCACUUCUCAAGCUGGACAAACAUCCUGGAUAUAAAGUUGAACCUGCAGAGCUCUCACUUGAUCUUGCAAAGAUGACUCCUGAGAUGCGACAGACUGCAGAAGUCAAAUUUGCCCGUGAUGUUGCCAGAGCUUGUAGGACAAGUAAUUUUAUUGCAUUCUUUCGGCUUGUGAGGAAAGCAAGUUAUUUACAAGCAUGCUUAAUGCAUGCUCACUUUGCGAAGUUGCGAACGCAGGCUCUUGCAUCAUUGCACUCUGGUGUUCAGAAUAACCAAGGACUACCAAUUUCUCAUGUCCGUAAGUGGAUUGGGAUGGAGGAAGAAGAUAUUGAAGGCCUUUUAGAAUAUCAUGGUUUUUCGAUUAAGGUAUUUGAAGAGCCUUAUAUGGUUCGAGAAGGUCCAUUUCUUAAUAGUGACAAGGACUUUGCUACCAAGUGUUCAAAACUUGUUCACAUGAAGAGGUCAGGAAUGAUAGUAACCGAUGUCUCACCGAAGAGUAGAAAUGAAUACUUGAUCACUGGUGCUACUAAACAGACCCCAUUGACAUGGAAGAGUAAAAAUGAGUACUUGAGCACUAGUGCUAUUAAACAGAUUCCAUCGAAAAUGACUAAGAAGCAACUACCGAUAUUCUCUUUUGAAAAGAUUACUUCUCCCCGUCCUGUAUCACCUGAAAAAGAAAAAGAAAGUUCCGUGAAUGAAAUAGAUGAAGACAUGGUUGAAUUUGAUGAUCCGCUGAUUCCAAUUGAUCCCAAGCAAGUGCAACCAAUGAUUGAAACAUCAGAAGUUGGUCAAUUGCAUGAAUAUAACCAUGGGGUGAAUGGUGCUCUCCUUCUACAAUCUGGUCCCAGAUCAUGUGAACCAUUGAGGACUGAAGUUAAAUUUGUAGGCAAUCAAGGUUAUGAUGGUGUUUUCGUGACCUCUCCAGUUAGAAACAUUUCUACUGGAAUGGGAAUGUCUUUACCACUUGUAUCAGAUGCAUCGCCUCAAAAGAUAUCUGUUUGUGGAUAUAAUGAUAAUGCAAUUGGAAGCGUCGAACCACAGAGCAUAGUCAACAAUAUGAUGGAAGAUGAAGAAAUUUUGUAUGCUACUCAGGAAAAUAAACAUGAUAUUGUUACAGAAGGUUGUCCGGAUGAAGAAAUUGCAGAUGCAAGACUCAAAUUGAUCUUAAGGUUAUGGAGGCGCCGAGCUGUAAGGAGAAAACAAUUACGUGAACAAAGAUUAUUAGCCGCUAAAGCUGCAUUUGAUACAUUGUCUGUGGGACCACCAGUCCAAUUGAAAAACCAUAAAAUUAGAAGUGUUGGUGUUUUCGACAUUGAUCACAUCCUGAGAGAAAGAUGGAAAAGGCAGAAACUGUCAUGCUCCGUAGUUAAUGUUUCAGAAGUAGUAGCUAGCAGUUUGGGCGGAAAGAAUGUGAAUGGGAAGUGCAUUUGCUGGAAACUUGUUGUCUGCUCUCAGAUGGACAGUGCUGGUGAUCUCGUUCAGGGUACAGGAGAUUCUCAUAUUUCAGCAGGUUCUUGGUUGCUUUCGAAGCUCAUGCCCUCGGAGGCUAAUGAUCUAGUUUUCUCAUCUUCUUUUCUUUCCAUUUGGAAGAGUUGGCUUUCAGGCAAAACGGGUGUGGACUCAAGUUGUUUCUUAUCCGUAGUUAAACAUGCAAAUUUUGAUAAUCUUCCAGAGACUGUGAGGGGGGCAAGUGCUAUCUUAUUUGUUGCAACUCAGAGCACCCCUCUGGAUCUUCAAAGAGUCCAACUCCACAAGCUGCUGUUGUCAAUACCUUCGGGUUCUUGUUUGCCCCUUCUGAUUCUGAGUGAUUUACACGAUGAGGCCUCGGCAUCAUCCAUGCUGGUGAACAAACUCGGCUUAUAUGAUAUCGAUAAAUCAAGGAUAUGCAGUUUUCAGGUCAUUUCACUCUUAGAUAACCCUCAUUUGAGGCACUCGGGGUUUUUGAGCGAUGAGAAACUCAAGGAAGGAUUGAAGUGGCUGGCAAAUGAAUCACCAUCACAACCUGUUCUGCACAGCGUCAAAGUGCUUGACCUGAUUAUUACCCACUUAGAUUUGUCUAUGGAGAUGCUUGAUUCUAUGAAUGAAAAAGACGUUUCUCCGAACCAAUGUAUCUCAGCAUUUAACCUAGCCUUGGAUCAGUCACUUGCGGAUAUUACAGCUGCUGUUAAGGCAAAUCCUUCGAACUGGCCUUGCCCCGAGAUAGCUUCGUUGGUGUCUUGUAAUGAGCACGGAAUUAUAACCAAUGCUUUGCCUCCUGUAGGAUGGAGUUCGGCAGAAAAUGUCGAACCACUUAAGAAGGCUUUGAUGGACCUUAAGCUUCCAACUUUUCCUGAUAUAUCAUGGUUGACUAAAGGCUCAAAUAUGGCAAAAGAGAUACCUACCUUAAGAGAUAACCUAGAAAAUUGCUUGAGUUGUUAUCUGACUCAAACUAGUAAGAUCAUGGAACAACAACUUGCAAUGGAAGAGGCUCAUAUUAUGCUCCAAAAAUGUGCUAAACUUGAGCUCCAUAAGUUCUGCUAUUUCAUCGUUCCACAUUGGGUGAAGAUUUUUAGACGGAUUUCCAAUUGGAGGCUGAGGUAUUUUGCUGGCAGGUCCUCUUAUGUUAAUAUUGUGGAUUGCUGCCAUGGAGCAUCUGUAGUGAGUAGCGUUAGGCUUGAAAGUAGGGAACCUCCAUCUUAUACUCCUAACCAACCACUUUUAGAUGAAGUGAUUGAAGUAGCUUGCAGUUCCCUCUCAAUUGAUGAGGGGAGACCAUUGUCAGAAGCUCACCAGCCUCUUGCUGCCAUAACGUCAAAUAGUAGGCCUUGUGAGCUUAUCGUUACAACAAUAAAUUUUGCCGAUGAUGGUAGCAACAACACCCGACAGGUCGGUUUUGUUAGUUCUGACAGUGUUGUGCCUAAUUCGGAUCGGGAACUAAAUUGUACAGGUAAAGAACUUGUUGCCAGUGACACAAGGUAUUCAGAAGCAGCAAAACUAAAAAAGCUGUUGGAUCAGUGUGACAAACGACAGGAUGCCAUAGAAAAAAUAUUGUCUAUCUAUUACUAAUCCUACCUUUCAUUUUGUUUAUGUAAAUUUUCUUCCAAUAGUAUGAUUGAUGAUGUAGAAUUUUGUGAGGAAAUGUUGUACGGCACUUUGUAAGAACUUUAUCAUACUGUGUUGAUGCAUAUUGAUGUAUACUUUAAGAUUUAGAAUCAAUGAAAUCAAUCCUUAUUUUUCU